AACAGGGGUAAUGAAUGUGAAAGGUGGGGGCUGCUCAGUCUUGAUCUCACGAAAUGGGGCAGCUCAUUCUACCCACUCUCUCACACUUUUCCUUUCUUAAAUAAUAGGGCAAAGCCCUUUACAUAAUGGACGCCACACUUCAACCAAUUACAAAACUAACAAAAGCAUAAAGCAUUGCAAUAAAGACACAAGGCGUUAAUCACAGCUUACAAAAAUAGCAACAAUAAUCUCUUGAACCACAUCAUGAAAUUUGCAGUUGAAUGCCUUGUUAAAUGUCAGUUCUUUGAAUCUGCAGUUAGGAUUUCGUAUUUGUAAUGCAGUAGUCCUAUUAAUCUGCUAUUGGAAUGAUUGAUUUCAGGUUUUGGAUUCUCUCUUUUUGGAAUGUGGUAUGCAUUAUCUGCAUUUACUGAAUCUGUUUUCUUUUUUUUGGUUGGCCUCUGUAAUGCCUUGCAGAUUGGCCGAAAUCGAAGAAAACAACUUCGACCAAAUCUUUUGCGAAGAAGAUGCUGACAGAAAUUGAAAAGGAAAGGCAAGAAACUAUUAAACAUAACUUAAAAGAAUUAGAGGCUGUAGGGAUAGAUCCUGCUAGGUUGAAGAGCAUGGCAAUGUCAUUGUUUGGUUCAAAAGCAAAAGCAAGUGGUAAAAGCACUAAAGAGGGGAACAACAAGGUGGGCCAUGGUGCUGAUCCUAAUUAUAUACCACCCGAAGGUGUAGAAAUUCUAAGUUCCUGCAGUGACAAUGAUGAGUCUUCUAGGUCUCAAGCUAAAAAGGCAAAAGUUAUGAGUCCAAGAGAAAAGAGAAGCACUUCAGCUACUCAAGCUUUGAGAAAAUCACAAAGAAUUCCUGGAGCAACCUCAUCUCUGCCAACUGAACCUACGGCUAAUCAUGCUGAGGCAUGUCUGUGAUGGUUGCCCAACCUUCUGAACUCCCCACCUCACCUACCGAUGAGACCAACCAGUAUUCUUGCCUGCCUAAUGUCUGGGGCAGCACGGGGUCCACCUUAAUCCCAAGUAAGAAGCAUGUACGAGGUCCUACUAGAGGGAUAAAUGUGGAUAAGGAAAGGAAAAAGCUUGGUCAUCCCAUUCCCGUUGAAAUAGAUCGCGAAGCAAUGGCAAUAGUUGGAGAUUAUGCAACUUCCGUGGCUUAUGCUAUUGGGGAGAGUAUUCAAUCUCAUGCUCCAGUUCGAGACAUUGGCUGGAGAGAUAUUGAUUUUGGGAUCAAAGAAUCUAUUAUUCUGCGUGUUGGGCAAACAUUUGGACUUGGUGACUAUAAGAACGAUAUGGUUCUUAGGCACAUCAUCGACGGUAAGUGCCAAGCUUUGUAUAGAGAGUGGAAGUGCACGCUACACAGUCACUACAAAGUGAUCAAGAAGGAGGUGUCUGACCCCAAAAACCAUCCAUUAUAUCCCUAUAAUCCAGAGGACUGGAAAUUCAUGAUUAAGAAAGUGUGGCGGAAAAAAGCUUUUAAGAAGAAGCCUAAGAGAGGGAAAAAUGCACGAAAAUCAUUGAAAUAUAACCAUACUAGCAGCUCCCAAUCAUUUGUAGCACGAGCAUCCAAGUUUGUAAAAAAAGAAAGAAGAGAGCAGUCUUUUCUGGAGAGGUUCAAGGACACACACAUACGUCAUCGACAUGGGGAGGAAGUAUAGAUAAACGACAAGGCUAAGGAAGUUCAUGAUACGAUUGCUAAAAAGCUAGUUGAGCAGUCGCAACCCGGUGUCACAAAUUCUCAAUCUGAGGUACAAGUUUCCAUUGAUGUGCUUGGGAAGAGAUCGGGCUACUUGAAGGGAUAUGGAAUUCGCAAGAGCACAUAUGUUACACAUUCUCAAGCAGUCCCAAAUUCCGAGGUAGUUGCUCUUAAAGAAGUCGUGGCUGAUCAAGCAAAACUCAUAGCUAAUUAUGCUAAAAAAUUUGAAACCAUGAUGCUCUUCAUGGCUACAAAGAAUGGAGUUGAUCCAGCCACCAUUCCGGGAUUGAUUUCAAGUAAUGAAAAUGGAGAAGACACUUCGAUUGGACAAGAAGAUGGAAUUUUGACUUAAAUGGAGGUCGAACGUGCUAACUUUAGUUGUUUUGAAUGGGUUUUUUGGAUAUUACGUUUGAUUCAACUAUGGUAGGUGAUUACUGUUGAAUUUUUUUGUAUGCAUAGACAUCUAGAUUAGUUUUUGGAGACAUGGCGGGUGGAGUAAAUUUGUGGAGACAUGGCAGGUGGAGUACUAGUUUUUGGAUACAUGGCAGGUGGAGUUAUCUUUUGGUUGUAUUUUGGAUGUUUAUAUAAGUUUGGGAUAAUCAUUUGGCUGUAAUAUUCUGGAUGGUUGGAUAGUUGGUUUUUGGAUUGCGAUAUAUUUAAAGGUAUUAGAAUGAC